AUGAGUAGAGGAAGUGCAGCCGUUGCUAAGGGAAAGAAGAAGGGAGUUUCCUUCUCCAUUGAUUGCUCCAAACCUGUUGAUGACAAGAUCAUGGAGAUUGCUUCCCUCGAGAAGUUUCUUCAGGAGAGGAUCAAAGUCGGUGGUAAAGCCGGUGCACUUGGUGAUUCAGUGACAAUCACACGUGAGAAGAACAAGAUCACUGUCACUUCUGAUGGUCAAUUCUCCAAGAGGUACUUGAAGUACUUGACGAAGAAGUACUUGAAGAAGCACAAUGUGAGGGAUUGGCUGAGAGUGAUUGCAGCCAACAAGGACCGUAACCUCUAUGAGUUGAGGUACUUCAACAUUGCUGAGAACGAGGGAGAGGAAGAAGACUAG